AAUAGAUGAUGAUGGCCUUCUCUCACCCUUCUUCUUACUACUACCACCACUACUACUACUACUACUACUGCUGCUGCUACUACUACUACUACUACUACACUGCUGCUGUUGUUAUCGCCGCUGCUGUUGCUGAUGUUUAUGUUUGGGAAGCUGUGUUGUCUUCUUAGGUGCUUGCUGCUGCUGCUGCUGCUACUGCCGCUGCUGUCAUCUUUGUCAUUGUCUGUUGGCCUCAUCAGUGUGACACUCAGCUUCAUGCUGUCAUCAUCUUUGUUACUGCUGCUGUUGCUGUUCUUGUUGCUGCUUCUUCUUUUGGAAGUGGCACCAGACAACACCACCCCCAUUGACCGCCGUUGAUGCUUCAUGUUGCUCGGAGGAGCUCAGUUGAGUUUCAGAAUUUUGGAGUUCUUAUGUCCCACCCCAAUUUCUCCUCUUCCCGCACCCAAAUUCCUCUACCGUUUCUUACACGCUUUCCGACCUCCCUCCUCAUCAGGGUGGCUUUUCAACACGUUAAUCUUCCUCCCCUUCCCGCCCCAUUUUGAUUUUUUUUUUUUAAGUGAAGGAGUGGACGGACUUCAGCCGCUAUUUAAUAACUGCAUUGACACUGGAAUUACAACCUUCUGACCCCCAACCAUGGAGGAGGAACUACUGUGUUUUAAUUCCGAAACAGCAAGUUCUAUAUCGAGAGAGGAUGACAGUCGAAUCAGGGGAUCAUACAGAGGCAGUUUUUUGACAAUGUGGCCAUGGAAGAAGGAAAAACCACCAGAACUCGAACGCCGAAUUAAAGUCAACAAUGCUGAAUAUAACCUCCAGUUUGGAUAUGCCACUAACUACAUCAGUACAUCCAAGUACAAUGUUUUUACAUUUCUUCCCAAGAACUUAUUUGAGCAGUUCCGGCGACUUGCCAAUUCUUAUUUUCUAAUUCUCCUUAUCCUACAGUUCAUCCCCCCGAUCUCGUCUUUGACCCCUCUAACUACUCUGAUACCAAUGGUGGCGGUACUUGCCAUUACUGCAUUAAAGGAUUUGGUAGAUGACGUUCAACGCCAUCGAAGUGACAACCAGGUUAAUAAUCGUAUUUCCUCUGUGCUUCGUGAUGGUCAAAUGGUUGAAGAAAAAUGGCACAAAGUUGUUGUUGGUGAUAUCAUUCGAAUGGAAAACAACCAGUUUGUGGCAGCUGAUCUUUAUCUAUUGUCUACAAGUGAACCAAACAGUUUAUGCUAUAUUGAAACUGCUGAGCUUGAUGGGGAAACAAACUUGAAAGUGCGGCAAGCUCUUAUUGAGACUGCUGAAAUGGGUGAUGAUCUAGAGCAGUUGUCCAAAUUGAAUGUUGAGCUUGUUUGUGAAGCUCCAAAUAAUCGUUUAAAUAAGUUUCAAGGAACCAUGAAGUGGAAAGACCAGAAUUUUGCUUUAGACAACAACCACAUUCUUUUGAGGGGAUGUGUGCUACGUAAUACAAGAUGGUGUUAUGGCGUGGUUGUUUUUGCUGGCUGUGAUACCAAGCUCAUGAUGAACAGUGGUAAAUCUGUCUUUAAACGCACACACAUUGAUCGUCUUAUGAAUGUUCUCAUUGUAGGGAUCUUUGGCUUCCUUAUGUCGAUGUGUCUCAUAUGUACAGUUGCAUGUGGUGUAUGGGAAACUGUUACUGGGUACCGAUUUCAAACUUAUCUGCCAUGGGAAAGAUUUGUUCCAGGAUCUACAAUUGGGGACAAACAAGAUUCAAAGACAAGAGGAGCAACAAUAAUUGCUGUUUUAGUAUUUCUCUCCUAUAUCAUUAUUUUAAACACUGUGGUGCCAAUAUCACUUUAUGUCAGUGUGGAGAUGAUCCGAUUUGCUCACAGUUUAAUGAUCAAUUGGGAUGUAAAGAUGUAUUAUGAGAAAGCUGACACACCAGCUAAAUGUCGCACAACAACUCUGAAUGAAGAACUUGGUCAGAUUGAGUAUAUCUUUUCUGAUAAAACAGGUACACUAACCCAGAACAUCAUGACCUUCAACAAAUGUUCCAUUGAUGGAAAAUAUUACGGGGAUUAUGUCAAUGAACCUGGUAAAAAUCUUGAUGUGGGUGAGAGAGGCCCAAGAAUUGAUCUAUCACAGAACCAAUAUGCCGAGAAAUCCUUCAUGUUUAGUGAUUACCGUCUCAUUGAAGAGAUACGCAGGAACAACCCCAAAGUUUGGCGGUUUUUCAGGCUAUUGGCACUAUGUCACACUGUGAUGCCAGAAAUGAAAGAAACUGGUUUGGAAUAUCAAGCCCAGUCUCCUGAUGAGAAUGCCCUUGUAUCUGCUGCCCGAAAUUUUGGUUUUGUAUUCACGUCUCGUACUCCAAACACUAUUACUAUUGAAGUGAAUGGUACCGAGGAAACCUAUGAACUGCUGUGUAUCCUAGAUUUCAACAACGUUAGAAAAAGAAUGUCUGUGAUAGUUCAGAAAGAUGGUGUUAUACAGCUGCUUUGUAAAGGUGCCGACACAUUGGUGUUUACACUGCUCUCUCCAGAAUCAAACAAUCUCAAGGAACUGACUGUAGAACACUUAAAUCAAUUCGCCCAAGAUGGUUUGCGAACAUUGUGCCUUGCUGCAAAAGAAAUUGAACCUCAAGUUUAUGCUGACUGGAAGAAGCGACAUCAUGAAGCCAGUAUUUCACUGGAGAAUCGUGAUGAUAAGUUGAAUAACUUAUUUGAAGAAAUAGAGAAAAAUCUCACUCUACUUGGUGCUACAGCCAUUGAAGACAAACUCCAGGAUGGUGUUCCAGAAACAAUAGCCAAUUUGGCAUUAGCAGGGAUCAAAAUCUGGGUACUAACUGGAGACAAACAAGAGACUGCAAUUAAUAUCGGUUAUUCCUGUAAGUUACUCACGGAUGAAAUGGAAGAAAUAUUCAUUGUUGAUGGAGAAGAAUAUGACGAGGUCCAAGAUCAGCUGAAGAAAUCUCUCCAGCACAUAAAUAACUACUGUCAUGGCAGUAGCUGUUUUGGAAAUGGUAAUAUGUAUGAGGACGUUGAUGGUGCUACCUUUGGAAAAGAAAUUGAACCUAACCAAUAUGCUCUGGUUAUUAAUGGUCACAGUUUGAUUCAUGCUCUUGAGAAAAGUAUGGAAUCGUUGCUUUUGGAAGUUGGCUGUCUCUGCAAGGCUGUGAUUUGCUGUCGUGUAACACCACUUCAGAAAGCUCGUGUAGUUGAUUUGGUGAAACGCAACAAAAAGUCUGUUACUCUUGCAAUUGGAGAUGGUGCUAAUGAUGUCAGCAUGAUUAAAAUGGCCCAUAUUGGUGUCGGAAUCAGUGGACAGGAGGGAAUGCAGGCUGUUCUUGCAAGCGACUAUGCCUUAUCACAGUUUCGAUAUUUAGAACGCCUACUUCUUGUUCAUGGCAGAUGGUCUUACUUACGCAUGUGCAAAUUCUUGAAAUAUUUUUUCUAUAAGAAUUUUGCCUUCACAUUGUGCCACUUCUGGUAUGCAUUUUUUUGUGGAUUUUCAGCUCAGACACUCUAUGAUCCAUAUUUUAUUUCGCUCUACAAUGUCUUUUAUACUUCCCUACCAGUACUUGCAAUGGCUAUGUUUGAUCAGGAUGUCGAUGAAUACUAUUCCAUCAAAUAUCCUAAAUUGUACACACCUGGUCAUAAAAACCUCCUGUUUAAUAAGAAGCUAUUUUUAUGGAGUGUGGCAGAAGGGAUUGUGUCAUCAUUAAUUCUGUUCUUCAUCCCUUAUGGAGCAUUUGGUUCCAGUGUUAAUUCUCAGGGGCAUGAUACAAGUGAUCAUCAGUCACUUGGUGUUGUUGUAGCAAGUACUUUGGUGGUGGCCGUUAAUCUGAGGUGUGCCAUUGACACAUCAUAUUGGACAGCUUUCAACCAUAUUUUUAUCUGGGGUAGUAUCAUCUUUUUCUUCUGCUUCACCUUUGCUUUCUAUUCUGACCUCUUCGAGUACACCUACCAAGGAGUAGCAGUGUCUGUUUUCUCAACAACUCAAUAUAUAUUCUGUUUGAUUUUGACCUGUGGUAUCCUUUUAGUCCCAAUUCUGGCUUAUCGAUUUUAUACAUUGGACACUAACCCUACACUCUCUGAUCGGGUUCGCCUGAAGCAGCGUAUGACAAAAACGAAAUCGCGAUCCCAAAACUUCAAUGUUGGACGCCAGUCUACAAUCCGUCGCAGUCAACGAUCAAUGCGAUCAGGAUAUGCAUUUGCCCACCAAGAAGGUUUUGGCCAACUCAUCACCAGUGGCUUAAAUAUGCGCAGCCGUGUUCAAAGUGAAGCAGGAAUUUCAGAUAAGUCCUCGAUUAAAUUAAAGGGAAUCACUCGACUAUCAAGCACAACAGGAGAACCAAUACAUACCAAUUCAGGCAGUUUCAAUGCAAUCAGGGCAUAAAAACACUAUUCACUGGGAUGAUCUGAUGUAAUUCCGUAUUAUGUAGAUGGAGAAACUGUACACCUGUUUGAUCCUUCUGCAUGUAUGUAUGUAUAAGAAUUGUGUGUGUGUUUUUAUGUGUGUAUGUAUGUAUGUGUGUGUGUACACAUACUCAAUCAUAUAUCAAUAGACAGUAUGUUUUAUGAGUGUAAAAUCAUGAUUUCACACUCAUAAAACAUAUAU